AUGAACGAGUUGCUCGAGACGCAGACAAAAUGGUCAUCGCCUGGUGGUCAUUGUAAGCUGCUAGAGAUGGACAACUUCGAAAUGUGGUGGUAUUCAAACAAUUACUCUUUAAUUAUUAAAGGGGAGCAAGACGAAGUCGAAGAAAUAAACUCUCGGUUGCGAAUAAUGGCCAACAUAGCUGAUAAAGAAACCAAGUUAUCAAACGCUUUUGUCAGUGAAGGAAAUGGCGACAGGGAGGGAGACGACGUAAAUACACUCCUCGACCGAAAACAGUCAUAUCGAAAUAAAUUCACAUGA